CCACUAAAGACACAAAAAAAAAAAAAAAUUCCCUCCAACACUGUCUUCACCACCAACCUCCAUUUCUUCACAUUCAACUCAACCUCACCGCGCUUCUUCUUCCUUUCUUCUCUCGAAACACAUGGCAUCAAUCUCAGGUGCUCUCUCAUCUUCCCCAACGCUCAAAUUCCAAACCCAAACUCAAGCGUUGACCAACCCACUCCGCAGAGUCCACGUGUCCUUCCCUGCUCGUUGCGCUGAUCGGACGAUUCGGACCUACGCCGUGGCUCGGGAGGUUUCCGAUGCUGAGAAGGGGGAGAUAGUGGCUUUGGAGAAAGACCCACGCGCGCUGUGGCGGAGGUAUGUGGAGUGGAUGUACCAGCACAGGGAGCUGGGGCUUUACCUCGACGUGAGUCGGGUCGGGUUUAGUGAUGAGUUUGUGGCGGAGAUGGAGCCCCGGUUUGAGGCGGCGUUCCGGGCGAUGGAGGAGCUGGAGAACGGUGCGAUUGCUAAUCCUGAUGAGGGUCGCAUGGUGGGGCAUUAUUGGUUGAGGGAUUCCAAGCGAGCUCCGAAUGAGUUUCUUAAGACGCAGAUUGAGAGCACUCUUGAUGCUGUUUGUAACUUUGCUGAUGAUGUUGUCAGUGGUAAGAUUAAGUCUCCGAAGGGUCGCUUUACUCAAAUAUUGUCUGUGGGAAUUGGAGGUUCAGCUCUUGGACCACAGUUUGUGGCAGAGGCAUUGGCUCCUGAUAAUCCUCCACUCAAGAUAAGAUUUAUUGACAACACAGAUCCUGCUGGAAUUGAUCAUCAGAUUGCACAACUUGGCCCUGAGCUCGCGACAACACUUGUGAUAGUGAUUUCAAAGAGCGGAGGUACACCCGAGACUAGAAAUGGUUUAUUAGAAGUACAGAAGGCCUUUCGUGAAGCAGGCUUGGAUUUUCCGAAACAGGGUGUUGCUAUAACCCAAGAAAAUUCUUUGUUGGAUAACACUGCCAGAAUCGAGGGCUGGUUAGCUAGAUUUCCUAUGUUUGAUUGGGUGGGAGGCAGAACAUCAGAGAUGUCUACGGUUGGCCUUCUUCCAGCAGCACUUCAGGGCAUUGACAUUAGAGAAAUGCUUGCUGGUGCAUCAUUGAUGGAUGAGGCGAAUAGAAGUACAACGUUAAGGAAUAAUCCUGCAGCGCUGCUGGCUUUAUGUUGGUAUUGGGCUACAGACGGUGUAGGAUCAAAGGAUAUGGUUAUUCUUCCGUACAAGGACAGUCUAUUACUAUUUAGUAGAUACUUGCAGCAGCUGGUAAUGGAGUCUCUAGGAAAGGAAUUUGACUUGGACGGUAAUCGGGUUAAUCAAGGAAUCAGUGUCUACGGAAAUAAAGGAAGCACGGAUCAGCAUGCCUAUAUUCAACAAUUGAGGGAAGGUGUGCACAAUUUCUUUGUAACAUUCAUUGAGGUGCUACGCGAUAGACCCCUUGGUCAUGAUUGGGAACUUGAACCAGGUGUCACAUGUGGUGACUACUUGUUUGGUAUGCUACAGGGAACAAGGUCAGCUCUGUAUUCUAAUAACCGAGAGUCUAUCACAGUCUCAGUUCAAGAAGUGACACCAAGAUCAGUCGGUGCUCUAAUCGCACUCUAUGAACGAGCUGUGGGAAUAUAUGCCUCCCUUGUCAACAUAAAUGCUUACCAUCAACCUGGUGUGGAAGCUGGUAAAAAGGCAGCAGGUGAAGUACUAGCACUUCAGAAACGAGUAUUGGCAGUGCUAAAUGAGGCAAGCUGCAAAGAGCCUGUCGAGCCAUUGACACUUGAAGAAGUAGCUGAGCGUUGCCAUGCUCCACAAGAUAUUGAAAUGAUUUACAAAAUUAUUGCUCACAUGGCUGCAAAUGACAGAGCACUUAUUGCCGAAGGCAGCUGCGGUUCACCGCGGAGCAUCAAGGUUUAUAUCGGGGAGUGUAAUGUUGAUGAGUCGUAUGCUUGAGUUAGACUAAUGGAAUCCAUGUUUGAUAGUGUUGCAGUUGUGUUUGAAUAUGUGGAUCAUAAUAAAAGAAUAAAGCAGAGCCUGCAAUAAUUCGGUUCCAUGUUGAAUCUCCAUCAUCGAUGAAAGUGGAGAAUUUAGUUCUGAUAAUUCAUCAAGGUGUUGAGUUUUGGAAUUGGAAACUACAUUUGGUUAAAAUAUCAUGUAACCUUCUGGUGCUACAUUUGGUUAAAUAAAGACAGAACAAAGAAGAAAUGAAGAGGGAGAAUGAGGAUCAAUUAUGCAAAAAGAGACAAGGCAUGCACGCAAGCAAAAACUUGAUUUCUUACAUUAAAGGCCUCAUACAUACAAUAAGGCUCAUGCCACAUCAUUUACCCCAUUAUUAUCGUCCUCAUCAUCACUGAGGUACUCCAAUAUAGACUCAUGAUAGCCAACAAAGGCUAGUUUUUCUUUUUGAGGCUAUUUCUAAAAGGUCUAAUUCUUAAGAUGUUCUAUCGAUCGAAAAUUCUCAGCCAAUUGUGUCA